CUGACGGCAUCCACAUCUUCACCGCAAGCCACGGUGACAGUCGUUGGCGGCGGGAGUGCUGCUAGUGCCGGCGACAGCUCCAGCAUUACGCUGGCUGGCUUCUUCAUCUGGAAGUAUCGGCAAAAUCGAGCGAAAGUUCAGGAUUCCGAUACCUCUCAGGCGGCAAUUCCUCCUCCUCCCCCGGGGCAAUAUCCAGUUUAUCAAUACCCAUACAUGCCUAGACCCGGCCAGCCGCCACCAGGCCAAGUUCCCCGAGGACACCAGCAACAUCAUCAUCCAGGCCCUGGCUACACCUCUUACUUGGAUCCGAAGACGGGUAACGUGUCGUACUACUCGCCAGUUCCGCAGCCAACGGAGCUUGGCGGUACUGCUGUCGAUACAUCCUAUUCAGCGAACGACCUAGCAAUGGGCCAACAUGAUCUGGCCUCUGGGGGAUACAAUAACCACAUGUCUCUUAGCGAUGGCCACACCAGCAUUCGGCCGAGCAUAAUUCCUGCUGAGAUGCCGGUGAGCGUCGGGGUGGCUAGGUCUGUCGGCAGCAACCAAAAUCCACAACCACAGCAGGAGAUGGAGAACUUGAUGGAGGAGCAGGCAAAGGUAGAGGCGAGGCGGACCCGAAUAAUGGAGAUGGCUGAGCUGGACGAAGAGGAGAAGCGGAUAAGGGUGCGGAUGCAGCAGCUUCAGGAGUCGCAAUGA